AUGAAGGUUUUUGUAACUGGUGCUUCUGGAUUUAUUGGAUCGCGUGUGGUCCCGGAACUCAUCCGCGCUGGCCAUCAAGUUAUUGGUCUUGCUCGCUCUGAUGAAAGCGCCAAGAAGCUAGAACAGGCUGGUGCUACUGUUCAACGUGGAUCUCUUGAUGAUAUUGAAAGUCUUAAAGCUGGAGCUGCUGCGUCAGACGGUGUAAUCCAUCUCGCCUUCAUUCACGAUUUCAUUCACGACUUUUCAAAAUAUGCUACCGCGAUGGCUGCUGAUCAGAAAGCUAUCGAGGCUAUUGGUCAGGUACUAGCAGGCACGAACAAGCCCUUCGUUGGAACCUCUGGCACAAUUAGUCUCAAACCUGGGCAACUUUUAACUGAGGACGUAGCAUGGACUGAAGGACGUGGCGUGUCUGAAGUAUUGCUUUUGGGGUUUGCUUCUAAAGGUGUUAGGUCAAGUGUGAUUCGACUCUCACCCACUGUACACGGUGACCACGAUCAAGGUUUCGUUCCCGCUCUUAUAAACGUUGCCAAGGGCAAAAAGCAAGCCGGCUACAUUGGCGAUGGUUCCAGCCGUUGGUCGGCCAUUCACGUAUUGGACGCCGCAGUCCUGUACCGACUUGCCGUCGAAAAGGCUCCAGCUGGAACCAUCUUGCACGGCGUUGGUGAAGAAGGAGUAGCAACAAAGGAGAUUGCCACAGUGUUUGGACGUAAGCUGAACGUUCCUGUGGUAUCGCUUACUCCUGAAGAGGCAAUGAAAGACAUGGGCUUCUUGGGUCACUUUUUCGGGAUGGAUUCACCAGUUUCGAAUAAAAAGACACAGGAGAUCCUUGGUUGGAAGCCUACGCAUAAAGGGCUUCUUGAGGAUUUGGAGACUGGCACGUAUUUCUAA